CGCGUAGAAAACAUAUUCCUAAAAAUCACAAAAUGUACAGCAAACUUUUACUUGAAUUCGUUGAAUAAUGUAUAUAGCCGUGACAACAACUUACCAAAUAUAAUCCACAUCAUACGAAUGAAUACAAUUUCACAAAAUGGUGUAAUUUAUUUGAGUGUAAAUGGAGGAUCAAUCUCACAAUGAUACUCAGAAAGAACUGAUUUCAGAAAAUCAAAUUGAAAAUGAAAAUGAAGGAAGAGAUGGGAAAUCUGGGGAGCAUAAAUCACUACAGGAUAUGGUUCUUCAGAAUAUUGAAACAGAGGAUAAAGUGGGAGGGGGAAGAGAUGAAGAAAAACCUGAAUCUCCAAGGAUAAGAAAAUCCUCAUCAACCUGUAACCAAAGCAAUCAGUCAAUCACUCAGAUUAAUAAAGCUAUACCUAAUCUAAAGAAACAAACGCAGAUUGUCAAAGCUGAAGGGAAUACAUUUGUGCAGUUCAUGAUUGAUCAACCUAACCAGGUCACAAAGAAGAAGAGAAUCCUCGAAAAGAUUAUAUUUGUUGUAUCUGUGUCAACGAUGAUCACCAUGGCGUAUUGUAUGAUGUCACUGCAUUGGUUUUUACCAUAUUACUACACAGCAAGCUCUCCUAUACUAAUAUUUAUCAGAAUUGUAACAUACUGGAAGAACAAAUGGCAGUUUUUCCUAAUAGACUUUUGUUAUUUUGGAAAUAUCCUCACAUAUGUUUUCCUCUGGGCUCAGCCUUCCAACAUUCCACUGUUUGGUGUUGUGUUUGCCUAUGCUAAUGGUCCGCUACUUUGGGCAGCUUUAUUCUUUCGUAACUCAUUGGUGUUCCAUAGCAAUGACAAGAUGACAUCUGUAUAUAUACACACCAUUCCUGCAUUUAUCUCAUAUGUGGUCCACUGGUUUCCAUCAUCUACAUCAACAUAUUGGUAUACAGACUUUGUGACAGAACAUCUUGCUUUAGACAGGACUGACCUGUUGUUUCUUUAUCUUGUGCUACUCCCAUUUACAGGCUUCAUAUUACACAGCUUGCUAUAUGCAGUGCUGGUUCAUGCUAUAAUCAGGCCAUCAAAAGAGUAUACCAACAGCCAACGAUUUCUCAGUUCAAAGGAAGGAUUAUUCCACAAACUACUCAAUGGCUGUGGAAAAAAGUACGAGCCAUUGGUCUACAACUUAUUGAACUAUACAUACUGCCUGCUGACACUGUUCCUUGGUGUUUUGUGGUAUUUAUACUUUAUAGCCCACACUAUAUUUAUUGUUACUAUGAUGCUGGUAAUCAUAUGGAAUGGUGCGAGUUACUACAUCGAUCAGUUUGGAAAUAAAGGAGCUUCUGAGGAAAAGAAAUAAAAAUGUCAACAAGUUGUACACGGGGAUGUGCUAUAGUUAUUAUAUGAGAUCAACAUAUACAAUUUGGGGAACAUUUCCCUUUAAAUUCAGAAAAUCAACACAUUCUGUUGUUUGUUAGAUGAUGUAUCCAUAAUUCUAUAGAUGUUUACUUUCAUUGUCAACACUGUUAUUAUAUUGUUAUUAGAUAUUUUAUACACUUGUAUUUUUAUUAUCAUAUGUGAUAUACUUUUUAAAGAUUUCUUUGUAAUUUACUUAUUUUAUAUAUAAAGUUAUAAAGCAUAUAUAAAGGUAUAAACCCAGUUAUUUUCCAUCAUUUUCUUUUCAAUUGGGUUAGUGUUUUUAUGGAUCUGAAAUUAAAAUGAUUUUUAGCAUACUUUACAUUUUUUGUUUUUUUUACAAUGUUACAUAAUAUUUAGGUUAGAUCUUUUUUGUAUCGAUUUCUCUGUAUAUUGUACUUGUUGGAAUCUCAAUCAUCACACAGUCAUGUAUACAUGUAUAAAGCAUUUUUGUAAAAGAUUGACACCGUUAUCGAUUUAGCAUAACCUGUGAUAGAUGGUGUAUGUGUAAUGCACAUUAUUGUGUUUUUGGAUUCCCAUCAAACGAAGUUCGUGGAAUAUAGAGAAUGGCUCCAUCCAUCUGUCCAUCUUGGCAAUAACUCAAAUACCAUUGGACCAAUAUUGUUUAUAUUUUAUAAGUAUAUGCCCCAUUCUGCUUGAGAGCGGAUUUUCAAAAUGGUUGCUGGUUUCAAAAUGGCCACCAUUUAGUGUCAAUUUUACAGUAUUU